AUGGCGGGAGGCAACGACCGCGGGGGACAAGCGCGCCAGGCGGGCGCACGCAACCCUACGCGACGUGCGUGCCGCUCCGUUACGACACCUACACCGAAUUUUUCCACAUGCCCGAACAGCCGAGAUAAGCGGACGACGCCAACGUGUUAUUUAUUAACGAACCGAAUGAUCGAUAGUUGGACGCGACACCGGACGUGGGGCUGGACGAUUGCCGCCUUUCGUAACGCGCCGCCACUCCGCGCGCCGCGCCGCCAUCGUGCACGAGACGCGUUGCCCGGACCCCAGAUAUAUCUUCGUCUUACACUGUCACUGGUGGAGCCAACGUCGGAAUUGAUCUUU